AUGCUGGCGGGGACCAGAGACUCAGAAAAAGCAAUGAGGUGCACAGAGCUGGAGGAAUCUUGGGGACCACCUGAUGAACUCCAGCCGGGUUCUGACACAGUACACCAGGCACCAAACCCCGACCCGGUCCUGGUGUGGGCCCCCACCGGGCGGAGACUGCUGUCUGGAUUGCUGGGGCUAAACGUGGUGCUCUUGGGCGCAGCCCUGGUGGCCGGGGACGCCUUCCACCCAGAUGGGCUGAGGCACCAGGAGCCCAUGCUGUACAUACUGCUGCUGAUGGGGCUGAGCAUUGCCUGGAUGCUGUGGUACCUGUUCUGGGCCAGGAACCUGCCUGGGGCCUCUCCCCACAAGGACCACCAUGCUGGGGGAAUCACAGUCACAGUGGUUCUGGUGAUCUUUGCUGGAUUCAGUCUCCUGCUGCAUGUGUUCAAAAUGGGCUACUUCAUAAUGAUGAGUGGCUGUAAGCCCGUCACUAAAGUGCUCUUCCCCUUCGUAGAGGCUCCCUUCCUAGGCCUGCAGACGUAUUUGCUCUGGGCCCACUCCAAGGACUGCAUUCAUAAGCACAAGAUUCUCACCAGGUCUGGUUUGAUUGUCCUGCUCAGCGCAGAUUUAUUACUCUGGCUGAAUGCAGUGACCGAGGACACCAUCCACCUGGAGAUGGAGAUGGAGAAAGAGGACAGAGAGGAGAGAGAGGCCAUGGGCAACAACCCACUGUCUCUUGAAGCAGGGCUCAGCAACUCAACACUGUGCCUGUGCAGCCUGCACACGCCGUGCUUCACGUUCCAGAAGGGCAUUGAGGUCCUCUACCCCUUCAGCAUUGAGUUCUACCUGAUGGCCAGCUGCAUGCUCUACGUCAUGUGGAAGAAUGUGGGUCGUCAGAUCCACCCCGGCUCCCACCCCCACCAGGCCCAGAAGCUGACCCUCCGCAUCAUCUAUGCCGGGGGCAUCAUCCUGGGCCCGCUGCUGGGCUUUCUGGUCUUGGUGGUAGGCACCACCAUCUUUGUCCUGUACCAGGUGUGGGUGAGCCAGCACGCACGCCGCCUCACCGCCUUCCUGCUUUUCUAUGGCUACCACCUGGCGGUGAUGCCCGUCAUGUCGCUCUGCUCGCUGGCAGGCAUGGUGGCGCACAAGCUGGAGAGGAGGGCGCACGAGGACGGGCACAACCCCACGCGCAGCCUGGACGUGAUGCUGUUGGUGGCGGCGGCUUUGGGACAGCUGUCCCUCUCCUACUUCUCCCUGGUGGCGGCGCUGGCUGUGGGGGUCGGAGAUACCCUGGGAGGCCUGGAUCUGUCGUACUCUCUGCUCAGCCUGCUGGAGCUGCUGCUGCAGAACAUCUUCAUCAUAGAGGGCCUCCACAGGCACCCAAGCCUCAGCGAGGGGAGGGCCAGGAAGAGGAGCCUGAUCUUUAAGGCUAGUGGCGUCUGGUUGAGUUUCUCUAACUUUGCAGAACUCUUGUUAAUGCGUGAGGGGAGAGAUCCACACACACAAACACACUCCCCAAAGAAGAAGACUCGAGAGCAAGGAACUGUAGUGGAUGGACCAGUAGACCAUUCUCUGCUGGAUCAAGGUAUAGGAGCACCAGCACCCCACCAUGGAGAAGAAUCAAAUCACAAACAUCCCAAGACCAAAAGGGUGAUCCAGGAGAUCUGUGCCUUCCUCAUUCUUUCCAACAUCAUGCUGUGGGUGAUCCCAGCGUUUGGGGCCCACCCGCAGUUUGAGAACGGCCUGGGGAAGGACUUCUACGGCUUCACGACCUGGUUCGUGCUGGUGAACCUGGGCAUGCCCUUGGGCGUGUUCUACAGGAUGCACUCAGUAGGGGCCCUCAUGGAGCUGCUCAUCUCCGCCUGAAUGUUCUCCCGACCCAGCCAACCCCCGAGCACGUCCAGUGAAGAAUACAGAUACUCCUUGUCCACUUCUAAGUCUGUGUUUUUGUGAUAAUUGAUCAUGCU